AUGAAGGCUUUAAUUCUUGUCGGCGGCUUUGGCACUCGCCUCCGCCCCCUUACCCUCUCCCUGCCCAAGCCCCUGGUUCCUUUUGCCAAUUUGCCCAUGGUCAUGCAUCAGGUGGAGGCGUUGGUCAAGGCCGGUGUGGACCACGUCGUUCUGGCCGUCAACUACCGCGCUGAGAUCAUGCAGGACGAGAUCAAAAAGCAUGCCGAGCGUCUGGCCGAGUCCAUCCUGCGCGAUGGUGAGCCUUUUUUUGUCCUCAACUCGGACGUCAUCUGCCAGUUCCCCUUCAAGGAGCUGGUUGCCUUUCACAAAGCCCAUGGCAAGGAGGGUACCAUCCUGGUGACCAAGGUGGAAGAGCCCAGCAAGUAUGGUGUUGUCGUCUCAGACAAAGAUACGGGCUGCAUCGAGCGCUUUGUCGAGAAGCCCAAGAUUUUCGUCGGCAACCGCAUCAACGCAGGUCUCUACAUCUUCAACCCGGAGAUCCUGGACCGCAUCGAGCCACGCCCGACGUCGAUUGAAAAGGAGAUUUUCCCUGCUAUGGCCGAGACGCAAAACCUUUAUGCAAUGGACCUGCCCGGCUUUUGGAUGGAUGUGGGUCAGCCCCCGGACUACCUGAAGGGCAUGGUCCUCUACCUCAACUCGGUAUUAGAAAAUGAGCCUGCAAAGGUUACACCAACCAGCACCAACGGCACCGAGUUUAUUGGCCCCGUUCUGGUGCAUCCCACCGCUACUAUUGGUGCCAACUGCAAGAUUGGCCCCAACGUGGUUGUCGGCCCCAACGUCACCGUGGGUGAGGGCGUGCGCCUCCAGCGCUGCACGCUCAUGGAGGACGUGCGCGUCAAGAGCCAUGCGUGGAUCGAGUCUUGCAUUAUUGGCUGGCGCUCCACUGUUGGUGAAUGGGCUCGCAUGGAGGGUGUCUGCGUCCUGGGCGAGGAUGUCGAGGUCAAGGACGAGCUGCACCUCAACGGCGCGCGCGUCUUGCCUCACAAGUCAAUCUCGGCCAGCGUGCACGAGCCGACUAUUAUCAUGUAG